UAUCACAAAGAGUGAUAUGCAUAUCUGUUUUCAGAUAAUGCUGAUCCUGGCACUCCUAAUAUUUGAGACUCUGUCUGAACCCACAGGGGAAGGCUAUGGUGGUGGCUCCGGGGGAGGAUUUGGGGGUGGCUAUGGCGCGGGUGCCGGAGAAGGCUACGGAGGCGGUUCCGGAGGAGGUUACGGGGGUGGCUCCGGCGGAGGUUACGGUGGUGGCUCUGGCGGAGGUUAUGGAGGAGGUGGAGGCUAUGGAAAAGGGGGUUACUCCCAAAGAGAAUCAGUUGGACGACCACAUAUUCAAUACGGUCAGGAAGUUACACGAACAGUGGUUGACGAGCGCCCUAUAUACGUUCAACCAGAAGUGGAGACGGUUUCCGUGGCACAACCCCCGGCCGAGAGGAAAAUAGAAUUUGUUGUUGUUGAAAAACCGAAUUAUCAACCUGCGCCACCACCCAAGCGUGUCUAUCGUCCUGCACCACCACCUAGGCCUGUCUAUAAUUCUGUUACACAAUCGGAGUCUGUUUACCAACCUGCCCCACGCCCUAAACCAGUCGUACGACCUCAUCAAGAUAAGACAAUUGAAGUUGUAGUCGUUGAACAACCAACUCAUCAAUCAGUUCCAGCGCCACAGCCGGUUCAUCAACCAAGACCGAAUUAUCAACCUGUUCAGCAACCCAGGCCUACGUAUCGUCCUCAGAAACAACCCAAACAAGAUGAAACAAUAAUAGUUGUUGUUGAGCCACCUGGGACAGUGUAUCAACCCGCUUUGCAGCCCAAACCUGUUUACCGGCCUCCCUCACAGCCUAGACCAAUUUAUAGGCCUCCCGCCGCACCUCAGCCUGCUUACCAGCCUCAAUCACCACCAAAAUCUAUUUACCGGCCCGCUACACAAACUAAAUCAGAUAAAACUAUAGAAAUAGUUGUAGUUGAACAACCGCAACCACCUAAGCCCGUUUACAGACCUUCUCCACAGCCUGAACCAGUUUACAGACCAUCAACACAGCCUAAGCUGGUUUACCAACCAUCUCCACAAGCUGAACCAGUUUAUAGACCUUCUACACAGCCCCAGCCUGCUUAUAGGCCUGCUCCUCAACCCUCACCCCCUAAAACAAUGGUGGUGGAGCAACCUGCUCAUCAACAUAUUUCACAGACAAAACCUGCUUAUCAGCCUGCUCCACAGAUCGAACAGAAACCUUGCUGUGAACGAUAUCCAGGUAGAUUAUGA